AUGGCAUCAAUUGUGAGCAGGAGGCUCGUCCAGCAGCGUGCCUGCGCCAGGCAGGCCGGAUGGGACCUUGUCCGCAGUUUUACGAGCGGACCGCCUCUAUUUGCGGGACACAACCGGUGGUCGCAAAUCAGGCACGACAAGGCGAAGAAUGACAAGGCCAAGAGUAAGGAGCGGCAGAUGGUCGCAAAGGAGAUCAGUUCUUGUAUCCAGAUGUGGGGACCGGAUCCGAAAUUCAACCCACGGCUUACCCUCGCCCUCUCGAACGCGAAACGCGCCGGAAUCCCAAAGACAAUCAUUGAAGCAGCCAUCGCUCGGGGUCAGGGUCUGAGUGUAACAGGCGAGGCGCUGGAACCAGUCACAAUUGAAGCCAUCCUACCACAUUCCGUUGCGGCAGUGAUCGAAUGCUUAACGGAGAGCAAAGGGCGGCUCUUGCAGGAUCUACGGCACGUCAUCAAGGAAGCAGGCGGUACCGCGACUCCGACUGCAUACCUCUUCGAGAAGAAGGGGCGGAUAGCGUUUGAGAAGAAGGACGGUGUCAAUGCAGACAAUUGUCUGGAUCAGGCUAUCGAGGCGGGUGCCACGGAUAUCACAGCUGAUGAGGGAGGGCGCAUCAUUGUUUUCACUGAGCCCACGGAGACCAAGAGCGUUGCGGAAAAUCUUUCAAAGUUAGUUGGCCUAACUGUUGAGGAGCUUGAGAUUAUCUGGUCCCCAAACCAGGAUACCUUGGUACAGCUGAAGGACGAGGAGCAGUUGCAAGAGAUAGAGGAUACAUUGGCGCUCAUUCGUGAAGAAGCUGGUGUCCGUGAUAUCUACCUAAACACAACGCAAGCGUUAUGA